AUUAAUCUAAUAAAUAUAUUGUCUCUAUGUAUUGUCUUAAUUUGAAAAUGUUGAUACAAAUGUGAAUGUAUUUUCGCGAGUAAUCAGUCUACUUAACCUCUCUUACCAGCAGCUGACUGCGAUACAACAUCUAACAUAGAGUUUCUGAAUUUAUUGAGAAACUAAAGAAUCUUAAUCAAGUACACACUAUGGCACUGCUCAAUAUCGAUGACGAUCCUUGGGUACUUGAGUAUGAAUCCUGUGAAAAAUUGCAAAGAGAUAUUAUGGAACAGUUAAUGGCCAGGCAAAAGGAAUCUCGAUCAACUGAACCUUAUGCCAGAUUAUCUGCAAAUAUUCGAAUUAGAUUAAAACAAUACCAUAAUGAAGUUAAUCAGUUGAAAGAAAAAAUGGACAGAAGCAUAGGAAGCAGAUCAAUUACUUAUGAUGAAGUGGAAAGAAGAGGCCAGCAAAUUGAAUUGUUAAGAUCAAGGGGUGUUAAAAUGGACAAAUUGUACAAUGAAGUAUCCACAGCAAUAAGAGAUACCAGAACUGACUUACUGGGUGCUACAAGUAGUGGAUGGAACUUUGAUGAUGAUGAUAUGCUGGACAAUCAAGCCACCAGUGUUGAUCAGAUAAGGAUCCAAAAGCAAAGAAUGAUGAAAGAUCAAGAAGAAGGCUUGGAUAAUUUAUCAAAAAUUAUUGCAAGGCAGAAGAAUAUUGCAGAAACAAUCAGUUCUGAGGUGGAUUUGCAUAAUGAUAUAAUUGAUGAUUUAGGUGAACACAUGGAAAGAACUGAUGCGCGCGUUAACAUGGAAACGCGUAACGUAACUGUGAUAGAUCGUAAAGACAAAAGUUGUGUGUACUGGGUCAUUAUCAUUCUUUUGUUUAUAAGCAUAAUCGCUGUGGCGACAAUCUAAUCAAAACAUUUCGUGAUUUUCUAUUUUAUUCACAAAUCUGCUUACAUUCAUUUUUUUACUUGUAGAUAGAAUACCAAUGCAUUUUACUCUCUUGUUUCGUUAUACCUCACGUGUUACGGGCUUUACUGAUAUAUUUUACAGAACAAGUGAGGGGCUGUUUAUAAUAAGUUAUCUAUACUUCUAACUAUCUUCUAACUAGAUUUGUAUCUAUUCAGAAAAGAGAAAUAUAUUUUAACGUUUAUUGUUUUAAA